AUGACAAACAUAGUGAUACUUGGCGGCUCGAUUACUGGAAUCUCGACCGCCCACCGCAUCCUCAAGGGCGCCCCCAAAGCUGGUCUCUCUGUAAAGGUUACGCUUGUUACCCCGAACACACACUUCUUCUGGAACAUCGCCUCUCCCCGAGGAAUCAUUGCCGGUCAGUAUACGGACGACAAGUGUUUCCUGCCAAUUGAGACAGGGUUCAAGCAGUACAAUGCUUCUCAGUUUGAAUUUGUCCUCGGCCUCGCCGAGGCCGUUGACUUUGAUGCACACAGUGUCCGGAUUUCCAACGGAAGAACUAUCAAUUCUCUCGCAACUGGCGCAAGCGCAACGGCCAAUUUACCAUUCAAAAACCUGGGCACCACGGAAGCGACCAAAGAUGCGCUGCACAUUCUUCAAGGGCGUGUGCAAAAGGCCAAAACAGUUGUUAUUGGGGGUUCCGGUGCAACUGGGGUGGAGGUCGCAGGUGAAAUCGCAUUCGAGUAUAAGAAUCAGAAGAAAGUCACUCUCAUUUCCAGUGGCCCUAUCAUCCUUGAACAGACCAUUCCCAAGGUUUCCCAGACUGCUGCAAAAAUUCUCAAGAGUUUGGACGUGAACAUCAAAUACAACAGCAAGGUUACGAGCACGACCGAAACAGCGGAUGGCGGUCAGGAGCUUACUCUUUCAAACGGGGAGAAGUUCACUGCUGAUCUGUAUAUCCCUACAUUCGGACUGAUCCCCAACACUUCCUACCUUAAUGACAGAUAUCUGAACUCCAAGGGGUUCGUUAUUGUCAACGACUACUUGAAAGUCAAAGGCGUCGACGAUGUAUGGGCUAUCGGAGAUGUUUCGGACCACGAGCGCCCCCAGUUCAUGUUCGCGGACUCACAAUCUGCCCAUUUGGUGAAGAACCUCUUGCUCGUACUCCAGAGGAGGAAACCGCUCCUACACAAGGUCGCUAGCCCGGCAAUGGGGCUCCAGAUUGGCCGCAAGAAGGGCACAGGGCAUAUGGGGAACUUCAAGCUUCCUGGCUUUCUAGUCUCGCUUCUGAGAAAGGAUCUCUUCCUAGAGAUCAUGCCAGGAAUUGUUGAUGGAUCGAAGUUUUGA